UCGUAACCUUAGCACACCAAACACAAGUGCUUGGGUUCGUUUAGAUUUUUUUGUUCACCAGUAAAAAAAAAAUCAACAGGAUUGUAAAUAUUGUAUAAGACAUUACACCUAUCGAGCAUAAAAAUAUUUUAAUUAAUAAAUAGUGAUAAUCGUCCGAUUAUCACGUGACCUUGUGGACGACCUCUGACUUGAAAUCGUCCCAACGUGUAGUUGGUCGUGUUGCGAAUUGUUAAUCACGAUCACCAUCAAUCAUCACCGAGUAAUUGUCUUGUUUAAAUUUAACCAACACUAAAAAGUUUAUCAUAAUUAACAGCAGGACCUCGGUGACAAUUUAUAAUCAGUAGUAUUUAAUUAAACGUAUUGAUAACUCAUUAAAUUAAAGGGAAAAAAUAAACCAAUUUGAAAAUGUUGCUACGAACGACUGCUCAACUUCGUAAUGAUCUGGCUCGUGUCACACUACGUAAUUCUAUUCGUACAAAUGUCGUCAGAUGUUUAACCACACGAUGUCUUCACAGAAAAUCACUCCAAAGGUAUCAAGGAUCCAGUGGAAAAUUUAUAGCUGAGCCAUGGAAACAACAAUUUAGAUAUUAUGCUGAUUAUCCAGAUCAUAUUAAAGUAACACUUCCUGCUUUAUCACCAACUAUGGAAACGGGAACUAUUAUUAGUUGGCAAAAAAAAGAAGGUGAUAAAUUAAAUGAAGGUGAUCUGCUAGCAGAAAUAGAAACAGACAAAGCGACGAUGGGUUUUGAAACACCAGAGGAAGGAUAUUUAGCGAAAAUAAUGGUACCUGCGGGUACUAAAAACAUCGGAAUAGGUACACUGGUGUGUAUAAUUGUACCCGAUGCGUCAAGUGUGACAGCAUUUAAAGAUUUCAAAGACGACGGGUCUGCGGCAUCAGCUCCCGCAGCUGCUGCGCCUCCUCCACCUCCGCCACCAAAGGCAGCUCCGCCACAAGCAGCUCCAAAAGCAACAGCACCGCCUCCGUCAAUACCCACCGCUGCUGGAGACAGAGUCUAUGCAAGUCCGAUGGCCAAAAGAUUGGCCGCCGAACGGGGAAUAAGCUUACAAGGAUUAAAAGGUUCCGGCUUAUUUGGAUCGAUAACAUCAAAAGAUUUAGAAGGCGCAGCUUCAAUGGCUGGGACUGCUUCCGCCGGUGGUGUUGAUAUUCCAGUUUCAAAUGUCCGGGGCGUGAUUGCGAAACGUUUGCUCGAAAGUAAGCAAACAAUUCCUCAUUAUUAUCUAACAAUCGAUGUGAAAAUGGACGCCGCGUUAAAAAUGCGGGAACAAUUUAAUCGUAUUAUGGAAAAAGAAAAUGUUAGAAUUAGUGUUAACGAUAUUAUUAUAAAAGCCAUGGCCAUGGCAUGUAAAAAAGUACCAGAAGGUAAUACUGCUUGGCUUGGAAAUGUUAUCCGACAAUAUGAUAACGUUGACGUGAGUGUAGCAGUAAGUACUGAAUCAGGAUUGAUAACUCCUAUAGUAUUUGGCGCUGACUGGAAAGGUAUAGCCCAAAUAAGUAAAGACGUCAAAGCACUUGCUGCUAAAGCAAGAGAAGGAAAACUUCAGCCACAGGAAUUCCAAGGUGGCACGAUAACAGUUUCAAAUUUGGGAAUGUUUGGUAUUAAACAAUUUUCAGCGAUUGUUAAUCCGCCGCAGUCGAUAAUCCUCGCGAUAGGUACAACUGAAAAUCGACUUAUUCCUGCUGAUAAUGAAAGAGGUUACAAUUCGGCCCAGUUCAUGUCGGUGACGGCAAGUUGCGAUCAUAGAACAGUCGAUGGUGCUGUUGGUGCCCAAUGGCUCUCGGCAUUCAGAAGUCUCAUGGAAAACCCGAUGACUAUGUUACUUUAAUUGUCAUAAAAUUAUUAAAUAAUUUAAAAAAAAAAAAUAGUUAAUGCACAUACGAGAAUAAACGAAAACGAUAAAUUAUUCUCAGGUACAAGAUGAUACUUAUUCUGGUAACAAUUUUAUUUUAAACAAAAUAUAUUAAUCAUACGUCAUUUUUUAAAUUUACUCUCAGUUCAAUAUUGAGGUGAUUGAGAAAAUAAAUCAAAGCUGUAUCAUCCGAAGUACUAAUUAGUUGAAAAUUUUAGGAACGGAGAAAAUUUUCACGCGAGUGAAGAUUUAAAGUUAUUUUUUUUUUCCUUUUUUAGAGUUUGUAAAAUAAUGAAAUGGCUUUAUUGUAAAGUCGUUAUGAGUCUGUUGACAUAAAUAAUUUAUAAAUAGGUCGUUAUUGCUACUGUCAUUUAAUUAAAGGUCUAAGAGCAACAUAUUUGUUGGCCUGCCUAUUUGUGUACAUAAAAUUUCGCUGGAAUAUGAAUCAUAAAUUAUUUAAAUAAAAACAGUAAUGAAAUAUUAUUAUGUGACAUGUGACUAAGGCCAGGUGUAUCUGAUAAUGUAAAAAAAAUAAUAAAUUAUAAACAAAACUAA